UCUUCCACUCUUCUUGAUGUUACAUCCGUUAACUUUCAAAUUUGUGGGUAUACGUUGUAGAAGGAAGGUUUUCGAAAACACUCGGCUGCGUUUUAUAGUGUUUAGUGGUGAAUUGCCUCGAGCAUUUGUGAUAAUUCUGAUUGGAUCAAGAUGUCGAACAAGAUGUAUUAUUCAGAUAAAUACUACGAUGAUAAAUACGAAUAUAGGCAUGUAGUACUACCAAAAGAAAUGAUUAAAUUGGUUCCAACUACUCAUCUCCUCUCGGAACAAGAGUGGAGAGCUAUUGGUGUCCAACAAAGUCAAGGAUGGGUUCAUUAUAUGAUUCAUAAGCCAGAACCUCAUAUUUUACUCUUUAAAAGGAAAAUAACAUCUCCACCACCAGAAAAUUGAUUGUACUGACAACAUUGUAACAAUUUGUAAAUAAUACUCCAAAUCAUUGUUAAUAUUCAUAAAACAACUCAAUUAUAGCAGCUGAUCAUUCUAGUGGCUUGUAAAAUCAAUAUAAAUGCAAUGUUAAGUUGAUAAAUUUAUAUUUAAAAUUCACUGAGACAGAGUAACAAUUUUGUUCUUUCUAAAUUCUUUGUGGAAAUAACGUAAUUCAUUGUUUUAAUUUUUCUUUUUAAUGUGUCAUUCCAAAAAAUCAACAAGAGAAUUGUGUAUAUAUGUCUAUAAAAUCCCUUAGUUUUUAAUUACAGUUUAAAUAGUACUUAUAUUUUGGAUUUACCAUGACAGCUUGGUAUUUCAUUUAAUAAGUAAAAUUUGAGUAUUCUGAUUCUUUUCUGAAAAUCAUAGUUCUGUAGCAGAUUUAGUUAUUCUGUUAAGGAUUUAUUGAGUAAAGAAAAUUGUCAUUUUGUGAUUAAAGUGCCUUAUACAAAUGUA